ACUGUCGCCAAUGCCUCUGCGCGAGAUACUCGAUUUUGUGAAGUUCAUUCCGUUUCUCCUACCAACACUCAAUCUGGGACUGGUCCUCCUGCAGCAGAGCACGUCUGGUCUGCUGUUGGCUCUGGUUUCGGCGCUUCAUGUCUUCAGCAACCCUAUUGACGCCAUAUGGAGCAUUCUAUUCCGACAAGAGGUGCUCUAUCGAUGUCUUGUCCUUUCGACAAGUCAUCUUCCGGAUGUAAGCCGUGAAUUUGCGGCGGUCUUGUUCACCUACGACCAGUGGCUUCAAGAUGCCCGAUCCCACGUUUCACGAGUGCUGGCAGCUCGACGGCGUUUCUUGGAGCACCGCAAUAUCGACUGCGCCGUCCUCAUCACCGACGAAGAAAAGUACCUUAUCCGGCACGCAGCGCUGAGAUUACGAAGCUGCCGUCCCGAUGGAGUCUUUCACACACGGCUCUCCAUCAUUUCAUUCCUGGCCUCGCUCGCCAUUGUGGCUUACAGAGUGCUGAGUUCAAGCGACGGAUAUAUUCAACGAGAGGCCGGACACAUUCUAUCGCUGAUUGCCAUCUUCAGCCACCUUGUUUUCGCCAUCUGCAUCAACGGAUACGUUGGGGCUUUCCUGUAUCAAGAAGAGGCUACAAGAGUCAUCUUUGACCUCUGCACAUCUCUGACUGCCCUCCACAACAAUCCCUUGAAUGCCUUUACCCUGCUGCCUCUACCGCUCUUGGUUAUCCCUCGCCGCCAGUCUUCCGUUACCGCCAGAACUCCUGCAGAAUUUUUCCGAAGCUUUGCGGCGCGUGGCAGCACGGCCGGGACGCUGAACACUUUACGCGCACGAAACACGGAGAAGAUUGUCGACGGAGAAGGCCGGGAUACCUCAACUCUCUUCAUGAUGUCGCUAUGCGCGGUACUCAUCUCCUGUCUGGGUGUCUUCGCGGUCCUUUUGUUGACUUCGAUCAACCCAAGCAUACCGGUAUUCCUCGCCUUUGGAAUUUGCUUCCUGCUUUGGAUUACCAACUGGAUCUUAUCCGCCGUCGUCUCAUGUUUCGAUCGCAGGAAAUCCGUCGAGAACAACGCAUACUCUUACCUCCUCACCGGGAGCGAUGCUGUUUUUGCAGUCCUCAUUCUGUGCUCCUUAGGAUGGUCUUUGACUACUUGGCCUGGCACUACCGCGAUUGACCCAACAGUGCCCACGUUGACGACCGUCGCAUUGCUCGUCGUUAUCUUCCUUCUCCCGACAAGCAUGCUUCUUUUGGUGUUUUGCGCCACUUUUGGCCGCCGGAAUGUGGGACUUGUGUAUCUACGCUCGCAAGAGGAAGCCCUGGCAGAUAUGGACGCGAUCUCGAUGCUUCCGACAAGACACCUUACCGUCUAGGAGCUUUGGUGGAUAAUUCUAUCUAGACAUCUUAACGUUUCAUACCUGGGGAAGUUGGUAGAGAUGUGGGGUCGUGUAUUUUCAGGAAUUGCACCAUCUGGUUAUGUUGUAC